AUUCCAUCUGCUCUCAAAGGCCUCGGGGGGUGGGUGGGGGGGUACAGACUCCAGCACCUGCAGGGGCCAAGUUCGUCUGAGACAGGGACAUGCUGCAGGUCUGUCCCAGGGGUUGUGCAGCCCAGCCCUGCCCAGCUGACCUCCACCUUGAUGGGGUCUUGAAAGUUGCAUCAUGGGAAUCUGCUCUACUUCCCUUCUCCAUCCCUGCAGGGAAUCUUAGUGAAGAAGAAGCGGACCUGGCACAAACACAGCCUGGGCCAGACGCCUGACGUGAAACCCGUGCAGAACGGCAGCCAGCUCUUCAUCAAGGAGUUACGGAGUCGGACCUUUCCCAGUGCGGAAGAUGUCGUGGCCCGCGUGCCAGGCAGCCAGCUCACCCUGGGCUACAUGGAGGAGCACGGCUUCACGGAGCCCAUUCUCGUCCCCAAGAAAGACGGGCUGGGCCUGGCAGUCCCGGCCCCCACCUUCUAUGUCAGCGAUGUCGAGAACUACGUGGGCCCAGAGCGGAGCGUGGACGUUACAGAUGUCACCAAGCAGAAGGACUGCAAGAUGAAACUGAAGGAGUUUGUGGACUAUUAUUACAGCACCAGCCGCAGGCGGGUCCUCAGCCUCACCAGCCUCGAGUUCUCAGACACCAGAAUGUCCAGCUUCGUGGAGCCGCCUGAUAUUGUGAAGAAACUGUCCUGGGUAGAAAACUACUGGCCCGAUGACGCGUUGCUGGCCAAGCCCAAGGUGACUAAGUACUGCCUGAUCUGUGUGAAGGACAGCUACACCGACUUCCACAUCGACUCCGGGGGCGCCUCUGCUUGGUACCACGUGCUCAAGGGGGAGAAGAUCUUCUAUCUCAUCAAGCCGGCUUCAGCCAACAUCUCCCUGUAUGAGCGCUGGCAGUCGGCCUCGAACCACAGUGAGAUGUUCUUUGCCGACCAGGUAGACAAAUGCUACAAGUGCACCCUCAAGCAGGGCCAGACGCUCGUCGUCCCCGCGGGCUGGAUUUAUGCCACACUCACGCCCGUGGACUGCCUGGCCUUCGCGGGACAUUUCCUCCACAGCCUGAGUGUGGAGAUGCAGAUGAGAGCAUACGAGGUGGAAAGAAGGUUGAAACUGGGCAGCCUGACCCAGUUUCCCAACUUUGAGACUGCCUGCUGGUACAUGGGAAAGCACCUGCUGGAGGCUUUCAAAGGUUCUCACAAAUCCGGGAAGCAACUGCCCCCUCAUUUAGUUCAAGGAGCUAAAAUUCUCAAUGGUGCUUUCAGAUCAUGGACAAAAAAGCAGGCUUUGGCAGAGCAUGAAGAUGAACUCCCAGAGCACUUCAAGCCCUCGCAGCUCAUCAAAGACCUUGCCAAAGAGAUCCGGCUCAGCGAGAAUGCCUCCAAGGCUGCCAGACCAGAAGUGACUUCUGCGAUCUCGAAUGAGGUCUGUUUUGGGGACCGAGAGAAGGAGGAACCUCCAUCCCCCAUUGAAGCCAGCCCUCCUCGCUCCUUCCUGGAGAAAGUGUCCAAAAAAAAGACUUCCAAAACGAUGAAGAUACCCAAGCCAUCCAAAGUCCCCAAGCCCCCCAAAUCUCCCAAGCCCCCGAAGCCCCCUAAAUCACUGAAGCUCAAGGAUGGGGGCAAGAAGAAAGGGAAGAAGUGUAGGGGGUCAGCCUCGCCCACCAUCCCCAACCUGGACCUGUUGGAGGCCCACACCAAGGAGGCACUGACCAAGAUCGAGCCACCUAAGAAGGGCAAGGCCACAAAGAGCGUCCUGAGUGUGCCCAACAAGGAGGUAAUCAGCACACAGAACGAUGUGGAGAGGCUGGAAAUCCGAGAGCAAACCAAGAGCAAGUCAGAGGCCAAGUGGAAGUACAAGAAUAGCAAACCUGACUCCCUGCUGAAGAUGGAGGAAGAGCAGAAGUUGGAGAAGCCUCCUACAUCGGGGAACAAGGACACCAAAUUCUUAUUUUCCUUUUCCAACAAGAAACUUCUGGGCUCCAAGGCCCUCAAGCCGCAGCCGAGCCCAGGGGUGUUUGGGGCCUUGCAGAACUUCAAGGAGGACAAGCCCCAGCCCGUUCGGGAUGAGUAUGAGUACGUGUCGGAUGACGGGGAGCUCAAGAUUGAUGAGUUUCCCAUCAGGAGGAAGAAAAAUGCCCCGAAGAGAGACCUGUCCUUCUUACUGGACAGGAAGGAGCCGCUGCCCACACCUGUGACGAAGCCAAAGCUGGACUCGGCGCUCUACAAGGGGAACGGUAGUCCUGUCGCUCCCCCCAGCUCUGUUCUGACCGGCUCCCCAUCCCCACAGCCGAGCGACGACUCCUCGGAUGAGGGCUCCCUGCGCAUCGACACGGACACCAAGCCCACCCGCAACGCCAAAGUGAAGAAGGACGGCGGGGGCUCGGCCGCGGGCAUCCUGGACCUGCUGCAGGCCAGUGAGGAGGUGGGCGCGCUUGACUACAAUCCCAACAGCCAGCCCCCGGCCUCCCCCAGCACACAGGAAGCCAUUCAGGGAAUGCUAUCCAUGGCCAACCUGCAGGCCUCGGACUCCUGCCUACAGACCGCGUGGGGCGCGGGCCAGGCCAAGGGCAGCUCGCUGGCGGCCCACGGCGCCCGGAAGAACGGGGCGGGCGGCAAGAGCGCAGGCAAGCGGCUGCUGAAGAGGGCGGCCAAGCACAGCGUGGACCUGGACGACUAUGAGGAGCAGGACCACCUGGACGCCUGCUUCAAGGACUCGGACUAUGUGUACCCCUCCCUGGAGUCUGACGAGGACAGCCCCGUCUUCAAGUCCCGGUCCAAGAAGAGGAAAGCCUCAGACGACGCUCCCUACAGCCCAACAGCGAGGGUCGGCCCCUCGGUGCCGAGGCAGGACAGGCCUGUUCGAGAGGGGACCAGAGUGGCCUCCAUCGAGACCGGUCUGGCGGCCGCUGCAGCCAAGCUGUCCCAGCAGGAGGAGCAGAAAAGCAGGAAGAAAAAGAACUCCAAGAGGAAGCUGACGCCCAAUACCACCUCCACCUCCACCUCUGCCUCCACAACCUCGGCCAGCACCACCUCGGCCUCCACCACCUCGGCCUCCACCACCCCGGCCUCCGCCACCCCUGCCUCCACCAGCACGGCCUCCACCAGCACCGCCAGCAGCCAGGCCUCUCAGGAGGGCAGCUCGCCCGAGAUCCCACCUGAGGCGCACAGCAGCAGCCUGGCCGACCACGAGUACACGGUGGCCGGCACCUUCAGCGGGGCCCAGGCAAGCCGUGCCUCUCAGCCCAUGGCCCCCGGGGUCUUCCUCACACAGAGGCGGCCCUCUGCGUCAUCCCCCAACAACACCGCUGCCAAAGGAAAACGUACAAAAAAGGGCAUGGCCACCGCCAAGCAGAGGCUUGGGAAAAUUUUGAAAAUUCAUCGGAAUGGAAAACUGCUCCUUUAAAGUUUGGAGAGCCAGGACCCUUCUGCUCCGCUCAGGACCCCGGAGCCCCGCUACAUCGUCAGCCCCAGGAGGGUGGCCGCGCCGCCGCGCCCCGGGAGGCCUGGCUUCCUCCCGGCCUCCACUCCCCACACUUGAGCCAGCGCCUGCGGCUUCAGCAGGCGGAGCUCGCCAAUACGGACAGCCGCCCUUUCUCACGUUGCUUAGAGUGACCAGUUCCCGAAACUCGGCCCCGCCCGUGUGAGGACCGUUCGGUGUCAGGACGGCCUCUAGGCGCCCCGAGCACGGGGGUGGUGGCAGGGCCUCUGCAGCUCUGCUGGGAGCAUGAGUCCUUCGAGGAAGGAGGAGUGAGCCAACAUUCACCAGGCCCAGAGCCUGAGCCAGCCACAGGCUGGCAGCCUCCAGAGGCUUAAAAAAAGGCAAAGGACACUAGAGAGGAAGAGGAGGAGAAAGCAGGGUGUUGAUGUGCCCCCAUCUCUUCCCAAGUGAUUCUCCGACAUGUCCAGCAGGCGUUCAUUCUGGCCAGGAGAGGGGGGCCUCCAGGCUCCCUGCCGGCACGUGGCAGGCCAGAUGGUGGGUGUCGCCCCUGAAUGCCCAGGGCAUUUCUAGGAACACGGGCUGGCAGCAGGGUCAGUGUGUUCAUGGGUAGGGGAGCCACCGUGGGAUCCCCAGCCCUGAUGCAGGCCCAGGGGGCCCAGGCAAAGCCACAUGGUGGGUCCUGUCCAGUCCCACUGUCCACACUCCCAAAAGCACUUGCCAGCCAAGGGCACCCUGCCCCGGGUCUGGCGGGGCGGAUGGCGGCCGGCCGAGCAGCCCAAGGUUGCCGGGGGCCUGGCACUUCUGUCUUGUCACCUGUCACUUGGUGUCGAGUGCAUGGGUGGCUCCUGGACCGCGAGUCCACCCAUGGACACGGAGGGGCUGGAUUUGUUUCUCAGGCAAUCCUGUAUUUUAAUUUUAGAUGUAUUUCCUGAAGCAUAUUUUUCAUAGAAUGUAGCGUGUAAAUAGCUUUUUAAAUAACUUCUUUUUUAUAAGAGUAAAAGUAUCUUUAGGAAUUUCUUUGUAGAGUCCUUCAUUAACAUUUAUACGAGUUUUUUGCUGAGUCUGACGAACAGUUGGGUUUCCGAUGCUUUUUCUUUUCCUUCCUUUUUUUUAUUGCUAUGGUUAUUUUUUUAUUUUAUUUUAGGGACUAAGGUAUUGCCUGAAAAACAAGUGAUGUCUGUGCAGCCUUAUAGCUGUCUUUACAGAAGCGAACAUACACAAAAGAUCUGUUUCAGAUAUGUUUGAAGAUGAGUCUUCAACUCGAAUACCAGCUUUCUUUCCUUCUUGUUGAUGAAGGGGUGGGGGACAGUUAUUUUACUAGCACCUUGUGAAGUGUUCUGUGUUUUGUGAUGCUGUAAUUUAUUAAUGUUUGUAGCUUUUUAUAUUUGUAUAUUUCUUAUGAGCUUUGUUUAUAUGCCCAUCCCUGGGUGUUCUGUCCGCACGGAGAGGCAGCUUCGUGCCGGCCUUGGCCCCUGGCUCGCCUGUCGGAGACCCGGCCGCCGAGCCUUGGGGAUGGGCAAGGCCACGCUCAUGGACCCGACGACUCCAGCCCAGCGUUUUGAAGGUUUCCUUGCCUGUUACUGUUGAACAUUUAUAUAAUCUAACCCGGCCAUCAAACUGUUCUCUCUCUCUCUCUUAUUUUUUAAUUUUAUUAUUAUUUUGGCAACAUGUACAUUUCUAACAAAGUUUAUCGUGGCUAUUAAAGUGUUUUAUUUCCCAAUUCAUAUUACUCUUGUAUUGAGUCCAUGAGGUCUAAGGCAACUUAAAUCAAAGUUUUAAAAGAGUAAAGAUAUUUCAGGUUUUGUACAGAA